AUGUCUGUCGCUGACCGCAUCGUCAGCUACCUCGCCCCUGCCGACAACAGUGCGCAAACGAUCAAGGAGGGUUUCUCGGUCUCGAGCCCGGCGGCGGCGGCCUCGUCCGGAGAGGAUAGACAUGAGGGACAGACGGGAGGACUUUUGCCGGAUAUCAGAAUCAACAGACAGUCGUUCGGACAGGACAUGAUCUCAGAGGAGGAUGACUCAUUCGAAGAAGAAGGCCGCCCGCCUUACCUCCAUGCUAUGAUAGCCGGGGGUCUCGGCGGGUCGACGGGAGACAUGCUUAUGCACUCUCUGGACACGGUCAAGACGCGCCAACAGGGCGACCCGCACAUCCCGCCAAAGUACACGUCCCUCGGCUCGUCCUAUCACACGAUAUGGAGGCAAGAAGGCAUCAGACGAGGUCUCUAUGGCGGGUGGGUACCGGCACUGAGUGGCUCGCUCCCGGGCACCAUGUUAUUUUUCGGCACAUACGAAUGGAGCAAGCGGUUUCUCAUUGAACACGGCCUACAGCACCACUUGUCCUACCUAACAGCCGGUUUCCUUGGAGACUUGGCCGGCUCCGUCGUCUACGUCCCGUCCGAAGUGUUGAAGACCCGCAUGCAGUUGCAGGGACGUUACAACAACCCCUACUUCAAGUCGGGAUAUAACUACAGAGGCACGGUCGAUGCUGCGCGGACCAUUGUCCGCCACGAGGGGCUUUCUGCGCUGUUUCACGGUUACCAAGCGACGCUCUAUCGCGAUCUCCCGUUUUCAGCGCUCCAGUUCAUGUUUUGGGAACAGUUCCACGCCUGGGCCCGUACCUACAAGCAGAGCAGGGAUGUCGGUGUACCGCUGGAGCUCUUGACCGGUGGUCUCGCCGGAAGCUUGGCUGGCGUUAUGACAUGUCCCCUGGACGUCGUGAAGACGCGGCUGCAGACCCAAGUGCACCCUGACCUAUUACCAAAAGAGAGUAAAGCGGCGGCCAAGACUACCACGCAUGCUUCGACGUCAAAAUCACAGAUGCGCAACAUAUCAACGUCAUCUCCGUCAACACAUACUCCUCGCCCAGGCGCGGUGAACCUGCAGACCUCGUCCGUCAUCCAGGGCCUCAAGGUCAUAUACCAGACGGAGGGGCUCAGCGGAUGGUUCAGGGGCGUGGGCCCUCGUGGCGUAUGGACCUUCAUUCAGAGCGGCACAAUGCUGUUCUUGUACCAACGUAUCCUGAAACAGUUAGAGGUUUGGAAUCCUCCCGUGGAAGCGCAACGGGAGCAUGCCAUUUAG